AAUUGCUCUUUCCUAUCUAGUCCCUGUCCCUCCUCGUCUGUGCCGUCUCCCCAUCUCUGCAACCCUCUGCAAAAAACCCCCUAAAUCAACUUACUGAAAGGAUAUCCUGAUUAACUACAAGAAAUUUAUAACAUUGGCUGAGCAAUGACCAACACCUGCAUUGCUAGAUUCAGUGACAUUAGCAGAGCAGCAGUACCUCUUCCUCGGGGAAGGAAGUUCAGAAUUAUAUUCCUAAGAACAUUUUCAACAUGUGCUUCAUCUUUUAUUUCUCCUUCCACACUGUUCAAUUAUCCAUCCUCAGCUUUAGUCUUGAAUGCCCGCCUCACUCCAUCAGAUGCCCCCCAACGCUCUGACGAAUGGUUUGCUCUUCGCAAGGACAAGCUAACAACAAGCACCUUCAGCACUGCUUUGGGCUUCUGGAAAGGCAAUCGUCGAUACGAACUCUGGCACGAGAAAGUAUUUGCAUCAAAUGCAGUAGAAGCUUCUAAAAAUGGUGCCAUGGAAUGGGGAGUUCUCAAUGAAGCAGCUGCAAUAGAGAAGUACAAAAGCAUCACUGGUCGUGAUGUGAGUUCCUUAGGAUUUGCAAUCCAUUCUAAGGAGCGAUUCGAUUGGAUUGGUGCUUCCCCAGAUGGACUACUCGGAUGCUUUCCGAGGGGCGGGAUUUUAGAAGUAAAGUGCCCUUUUAACAAAGGGAAGCCUGAGAUGGGAUUACCAUGGUCAACUAUGCCAUUUUAUUACAUGCCUCAGGUGCAGGGUCAAAUGGAGAUAAUGGACAGAGAUUGGGUUGAUUUGUAUUGUUGGACACCAAACGGUAGCACAAUUUUUCGGGUCUGGAGAGAGCGCAGCUACUGGGAAUUGAUGCAAGGUAUUUUACGUGAGUUUUGGUGGGAAAAUGUGGUUCCGGCCCGAGAAGCCCUUUUGUUGGGACAGGAGGAACAAGCCAAGUUGUACAAACCAACAUCAACUCACAGACAGACAGGACUCGUAAUUGCUAGAAGCAUAAAAUUAGCCAACGAAGCAAAAUUGCUGUGCAAGGAGAUUGCUGGCUACGUGGAGUUUUACCAGUGAUACAAAUGAAACGAAAUGAAAGGUCAACUGACCAACACAUUUUCGAAUCUAUGACUAAUAGGCUUCGAUUCACAGUGUAUUUUUUUUAUUUUUUUAUUUUUCCCAUUCUGUAUUUUUACAAUGUUCCAAAGCCUGAUGACAUUAUCGUUCCGAGGAAGGGACCGAUUCUUCAUUUUGUCGAUGAAAUUGUAGUGAUCCCUAUUGUUUUAA